GUUAUAGUGCGCGUAAGGUUCUUGCUAGAGUUGCAUCAUUACACGUGAAGUUGGUCUUUGGGUUUCCGGCUCUUUUCUUUUAACGAAAUUAGUUUACUGCAUUAAAAGAAUUUAAUGAAAAUGUUGGCUGCCGCUAGAUUGUUAAGCAGAAGCUGUAACAGCAUCAGCUGCGACAUCGCUAGAAGACAGCAAUUUAGUACAAUAUUAAAAAAUGCUGCAGCUCCUGGAGUUAUUGUACCUCAACGUUACACUGACAUACAAUGUCGUUAUAAAUCAGAGGGUGUUAAAGGAGCAGUUAUUGGUAUUGAUCUUGGUACAACAUUUUCUUGUGUAGCAGUAAUGGAAGGUAAACAGGCUAAGGUUAUUGAAAAUUCAGAAGGAUCACGAACGACACCAUCUUACGUUGCAUUUUCAAAAGAGAAUGAACGUUUAGUUGGUAUGCCUGCCAAACGUCAAGCAGUUACAAACUCUUCUAAUACAUUUUAUGCAACCAAACGACUCAUUGGGAGAAAAUUCGAUGAUCCUGAAGUGAAGAAAGACAUGAAAACAGUGUCUUAUAAAAUCGUUAAAGCAUCUAACGGAGAUGCAUGGGUACAAGGAGGAGAUGGAAAAUUGUAUUCCCCUAGUCAAAUAGGUGCUUUCGUGCUUAUGAAAAUGAAAGAAACUGCAGAGGCUUAUCUUAAUACACCAGCUAAAAAUGCAGUUAUCACUGUACCUGCAUAUUUCAAUGAUUCGCAAAGGCAAGCUACGAAAGAUGCCGGUCAAAUCGCUGGGUUGAAUGUACUUAGAGUGAUUAACGAACCUACCGCUGCUGCACUUGCAUACGGUAUGGAUAAAACGGCUGACAAAAUUAUUGCAGUAUACGACUUGGGUGGUGGUACUUUUGAUAUCUCAAUUUUAGAAAUUCAAAAAGGUGUUUUUGAAGUUAAAUCAACUAACGGAGACACAUUUUUGGGAGGAGAAGAUUUUGAUAAUGCAUUAGUUAAUUAUUUGGCAUCCGAAUUUAAAAAAGACCAAGGUUUAGACAUAACUAAAGAUGCUAUGGCUAUGCAACGAUUAAAGGAAGCAGCUGAAAAAGCAAAAAUUGAAUUAUCAAGCUCUUUGCAAACCGAUAUUAAUCUACCAUACUUAACUAUGGAUUCUAGUGGACCUAAACACUUGAAUCUUAAACUUACAAGAAGCAAAUUUGAAAAUCUUGUUGGUGAUCUUAUCAAACGUACUAUACAACCAUGUCAAAAAGCUCUUACCGAUGCUGAAGUAUCUAAAUCUGACAUUGGGGAAGUACUUUUGGUUGGAGGAAUGACUAGAGUACCUAAAGUUCAACAAACAGUUCAAGAAAUUUUCGGUCGACAACCUUCGAAAGCUGUUAAUCCCGAUGAAGCAGUUGCUGUUGGUGCUGCUGUUCAAGGUGGUGUACUUGCUGGAGAUGUUACCGAUGUUCUUCUUCUCGAUGUUACACCUCUUUCAUUGGGUAUCGAAACACUUGGUGGUGUCUUUACAAAAUUGAUUUCACGAAACACGACUAUUCCUACGAAGAAAAGUCAAGUAUUUUCUACAGCAGCGGAUGGUCAAACCCAAGUAGAAAUCAAGGUUCAUCAAGGUGAACGAGAAAUGGCGUCUGACAAUAAACUUUUGGGUCAAUUCACAUUGGUCGGAAUUCCUCCCGCGCCAAGAGGAGUUCCUCAGAUUGAAGUAACAUUUGAUAUCGAUGCGAAUGGUAUCGUUCACGUAUCUGCUAGAGACAAGGGCACUGGCAAGGAACAACAAAUUGUAAUUCAAUCCAGUGGUGGUCUGAGCAAGGACGAAAUUGAAAAUAUGGUAAAGAAUGCCGAACAAUAUGCUAAAGCAGAUAAGAUCAAGAAAGAAAGAGUAGAAGCUGUUAAUCAAGCAGAAGGAAUUAUUCACGACACGGAAUCGAAAUUAGAAGAAUUCAAGGCACAACUUCCGCAAGAAGAGUGUGAAAAAUUGAAAGAAUUGGUUGCUAAGACAAGGGAAGCCUUAGCCCGAAAAGAUGAAAUGGAUCCCGAGGAAAUCAAAAAACAAACCAAUGAAUUGCAGCAAGCAAGUUUGAAAUUGUUCGAAAUGGCAUAUAAAAAAAUGGCGGCAGAAAGAGAAAGCAGCAGCGGUAGUGGUAGUGGUAGCGGUAGCAGUAGCAGUAGCGAUAGUAGUAACCAAAGUCAACAAGAACAAUCUCAAGAAAAGAAAGAAGAGAAAAAUUAAUGGUAAAGAAAAAAUGUCUUCAACAAAUUUUUUGCACAUAGUUGUUUAAACACCAAUUGUCGUUUUACAUGCCCAGAUUUAAAAAAUAAAAGAUAUAUAUAUUUGUUUUAUUAAA